AAACCCUUGAAGUAAAGCCGAAAGUCUACACUUCAGUCACAUGGUGAUUGCUUCAUUUCAAAUCUAUUGUGGUGGUUUACAGAGGCAAAAAUGGGAAACCAAACUGUGCUGCUGUCCAAAUACUUAUGGACCCAACUGUAUAUGUAAUUUGCAACACAACCUCCUAUAGACUCUGUAUAAAUGUACACAUUUCUGCAAGCUGGGACUAUUAUGUGCACAUUCAUACCACUGGCCUGGUAAUGCAUCACUGUGAGAGCAUGUCCACCAUGGUGUUCUGCUGUGAAGAGAAGCUCGAGAGACUGACGCAGGAGCAGAUCAUCUCCAAAUCCAAGAUGGUGAUCCAGGGCCUAGAGGCGCUGAAGAGCGACCACAACGUUAUGCUGCACAGUCUGAUGGAGACCAUCAAAUGCUUGAACAAGGACGAGGAGGCUGGCCUGGUGCAUGAGAAAUCCUCACUGCUGCACAAGUCUGUGGAGAUGAUCGAGCUAGGCCUGGAGGAGGCACAGGUGAUUAAAGAAGUGAAGCAAUUAAAGCAGGUGAUGACGGCUCUGGCUGCCCACCUGAGUGCAGUGGAAGCAGAGAAACAGAAGCUGCGAGCUCAGGUGCGUCGGCUUGAUCAGGAGAACAAGUGGCUGUGGGAGGAACUGAGCAACGUGCAGCAGAAACUGCAGAAGUAUGAGCAGAGCUUAGUCCAGUUAGAGGAGGAGAAGAAGCACCUGGAGUUCAUGAACCAGCUCAAGAAGUACGACCCGGAAGUCUUGCUGGAGGACAUGGAAAAAGAGGAGACAUCAAAAGACGUUAUGGAUGAGUUGUUCCCCAAUGAUGAAGAAGCGAAUCAACCAGGAACAUCAGGGCGAGUGAGCAGUGCGGCAGUGGCAGCGGCCCAGCAAGGGGGCUAUGAGGUCCCUGCCCGCCUCAAAACCCUCCAUAACCUGGUGAUACAGUACGCCAACCAAGGCCGCUAUGAAGUGGCAGUGCCACUCUGUAAACAGGCUCUAGAGGACCUGGAGAGGACUCUGGGCCAUGAUCACCCCGACGUAGCUACCAUGCUCAACAUCCUCGCUCUUGUAUACAGGGAGCAGAGUAAUUUUAAAGAAGCGUCCCGUCUCCUGUAUGAUGCUGUGACUAUCAGAGAGAGGACUCUGGGUGAGGAGCAUCCCUCGGUGGCUGCUACGCUGAAUAACCUUGCAGUGCUGCAUGGGAAGAUGGGGAAGUACAUAGAGGCUGAGCCGCUUUGUAAAAGAGCUCUGGAGCUGAGAGAGAAGGUCCUGGGCAGAGAUCACCCAGAUGUGGCCAAGCAGUUGAAUAACCUGGCACUGGUUUGUCAGAACCAGUGCAAGUAUGAUGAGGUGGAGUAUUACUACUGCAGAGCCCUCGAAAUAUAUGAGAAGAAUCUGGGUCAGGAGGAUCCCAAUGUUGCCAAAACAAAGAACAAUCUGGCCUCAUGCUAUCUGAAACAGGGUAAAUACAAGGAGGCUGAGAUCCUGUACAAAGAGAUUCUUACACAAGCUCACAAGAAGGAAUUUGGGACAGUAGAUGCUGAAAACAAGCCCAUCUGGAUUUAUGCUGAGGAGGGCAGAGGUAUUCAUAAUGCUGAAUUUAGAGGCUGCCAGGUGACUAGCCCUAUAAUAAACAGCGCCAUUCGGAGUCUUGGAGUUCUGUAUCGAUAUGAAGGCAAAAAUGAAGCGGCAGAAAUUAUGGAAGAGUACGCUAUGAGAACACACAAACCGGGAGCCACAAUAGAGCCUCUGAAGGAUGUGGGCCGGAGGAGAAGCGCUUCUCAAUACAGCGUUAAGUAUGAACCUGGAGCUGGUGACAUUGUGGAGUGGAGUGGGACUGGCCUGCUAGACUAUUCAUACUGCCGGACCCCCAUGCUACUUGCCUAUUAAAGAUAAGGAUCAAAUUUAGUGCUCAUUUAGUUUGUUAUCUGUUUUUGUCUGCUUAACUGCUGUCUUAAUGGUGUGUAUUUAUGUGUGUCAGAAAGAAAGAAUGGCACAUACUGAAUAGAUAAAGAAGGUUGCAAAGUGCUUCAGUGUAAUUAUAAAACCAUUUACUCUUCAUCUUGUCUGCCUUAAAGGAGCAAUUUGGUGACAAAUGAAAAUUAUAUUUAAAAAAAAUUCUGUGUAUCAGCUUUAAAGUACUGUCCCAGCUGACUAAGGGGGAGAACGAGAGCAAAUUUGAUGAAGUAAUUUGAUGUGUCUAAGAUGGCUACUCCAUAAUGUGCAGUUUUCAGCUACAAGGUAGUCAUUUUAAUAGCUUAGAGUAAGUCACCAUAUAUCCUAAACCACAGCAGUAAAUCUGUGUAACGUUAUUGAAGAGCUAAGGCAUUUUGGGUAACAAACAAACAAAAACGGACUUCUCUUCCAUACAUUCUAGCUUUCUAAAGGGGAAAACUCUAUGUUGUAGGGUUCUACACAGACCUUUCAGUUUUCCCCAGGGUCAAACUAAAGAACCCAUCAGGGUCUUAGAAAGACCUUUUUUCUGAGUGUAGUCACUUGCUUCAUAGCUCUACUGCAAUAUUAAGAAUCAUGUCAGACACUAAACAUCUUAGCUAAACAACUACAUUAAUAAUAAUAAUAAUAAUAAUAAUAAUAAUAAUAAUAAUAAUAAUAACAACAUUGGACAUUGGAGUGAUAAAUUGUUUAAAUAUAUAUAUUUUUUACUUAACUGUUUCUGUAAGAAAAGGAUGUGUGUAUGACCGGGAGAGUCCUAUCUGGGCCAUUAGAAGUAGUGCUGCCCUCUUCUCAAGCCAAACUUCACCACCAGUGUGAUCCACCCCAUACUUAUUCAGCACUGCAUCAUUAUACAGAGACGUAAUUAGCCAUGUGGUUGCUAGUUAAUUUUACAUCGUACCAUUUGGUUUUGGUGAAUGCAGUGCUUGGAACUAUCUGCCCUUAUAAGAAACAAAACGAAGAUGAAAAGGACUCAUUUGUGAAGCUGUGGGUAUGAAGAAACUGCUAAUAUGAAGAACUUUAAAGAUACUUAUUCCACCUGAAAUAAGUGGGUACCGUCCUGAUCUUGAAAUCUGCAUGUUUAAAUCCCCUGACUGCCAAAGAGCAAGACCCUCAACCCUCACCAACUUGGUUAGAAACUUGGAGUGUAUUUUGCAUGUAGUCAUCCUUAGUAACUGCCUGGUCAGGACCAUGAUGGUUUAAAUUAGGCUGCUAGUUUGUAUACAUUUUGGUAAAUAGAACCAACUAAAUUUAUUAGAAUAUAUUGUGGGCAGGUACAAAUGAAAAUUGAAAAAAAUAUCUGUGCAUAUCUCUAGCAGAGACCAAUUAGAAUCUUUACAGCGCUUCUGGUUUAGGCCAUGCCCACCUCAGUUUAAAUCCAAAUACAGACACAGAUGCGAAUAUUUGAAGCAUGAAACAAAUACAGAUACAGAUAGUGUCACUGAGUUAGUGUGUGUAGGUUGUCAUGCAAUGAACUGUUUUCCCAUUCCGGGUGUAUUUCUACUUCAUGAGCAGUGGUCCUAUGAACACUCCAGAUCCACCUGAUGGAGCAGUUACUGCAGAUGCAUAAAUGAAUGAAUGAAUGAAUAAGUACAUGAACAAUCAAAUGCAAUGCAUAACACAGUAAUUUACCUCAUAGCACAAUAUGCGUUCACAAAUAUGUAGAGAGACAUGAUUUUAGACCAUUGUUGCCCUCUAGUCUUACCAAAAUUGGCCAGUUUGACUCAACAGAGAACUAUAUAGAGUACUCAGUAGCCAUUAAUUAAGCAAUCAAUCAUCUCUGUGGCUUAAAGGCCUGUUGGUAAAUCAUUUCUGUCUGUUUCCUUUUUAUUUCAUGUAUGGAAUGCUCUGGUUUCACUGAGCUUUUUGUUGUGUUGGGACUGGGUUUUAGUGUUUUUUUUUAUGUUCUCUGUCUUCACUCUCCAGUCUUUCCUUCUCUCCCCUGUUUUCUCUCUCUCUUUCUCUCUUUUGGAAUUAGGCUAUAAUUUGUCAUCUUCCUCCUUUUUGCUUCCACAACAAAUCAGAUCACAUUGCGUUUCUCUUUAUGAACUUCUCAUUUAUUCUGUUAUUCCCCUUUUAUUUAUUUCUCUCUGUAGCUUUUGCUUUAUUUGUAUUUGUUACUCUUUUGUGUUGGGUUAAAUUACAGCCUCACAGCUAGAAUUUAAUGAUCACAGCUGUGUUAAAUAUCAAAGGCUAGAUUUUAUGAGACAGUUAAAGCUCAGAUGAAACACAUGGGUCAGAUUGUAGGGACUUGAGGCAGUUUGUUGUUCUGCUCACAUUCCUGUGUUUAUUGGCUGACUCUAAAUGACUUUAUGAACCUGAUAUGGUACCCUAUGAAACUAUUGGAAUGACAAGGCCAAUUUUUUUUCUUUUUCUUUAGACUGAAGAUAUUUGGGUUUCAGAUCAAAAGAUGAACAUAAGAAGAGAGUUUAGAAUUUCAGCUUUUAUUUCCUGGUAUUUAUAUGUACAUGUGUUAAAUGACAUAGAACAUAGCACAUUUUGUACAAGACUACCCAAUCUGUGGGCGUGCAAAAAUAUUGGCACAUGUGAUUGACAGGUGUUUCUUGUUACCCAGGUGUGUCCUGUUAGAUUGAUUGUUUAAACAAUAAAUAGCUCUGAACAUCUACUCUGGGUUUUGGACUUCAGUUUCACCUGUGAAAAGGAUAAGGAUUUAAAAAGGAUAAGCCAACAUGAAAACCAGAGAGCUGUCUAUGGGCGAAAAGCAAGCCAUUUUGAAGUUGAGAAAAGAGGUAAUAUCUAUCAGAGGCAUUGCACAAACAUUGGGCAUAGCCAAGACAAGUAUUUGGAAUGUCUACUGGUGUACUGAGCAACACACACUGAAUGGGUUGGCCAAGGAAAACAACAACAACUGAUGACAGAAACAAGAACUGUGAAGAAAAAAAAAUCAUGCAGCAAGACAAUGAUCCAAAACACACUGCCAAUUCAACAAGGGACUUUAUCAGGGAGAAAAAGUGUAAAUACCAGGAGCUGACAUCCUAAAGCUGACAUCCUAAACUAGGAUGUCAUAAAAGCUGACAUCCUAAACUCUCAUCUCAUAUUCAUCUUUUGAUUUCAAAGCCAAAUGUCUUUGGUGUACGGCACAAACAAUUUAAUUGGCCUUGCCGUUCCAAUAGUUUCAUAUGUAUGCGAAAGGGAAACACCAUUGUUUGAGAGAAAAGCUAUGUGGCCCAGGUGUAAUAGUAUGCAAAACUUACUUUACUAUAACAGAUACUAUAUACAAAGGUACCAUAGCAGAUAACCCAGGUUCACAUUGUUCACUGCAUAGCAAUAUCUGUUAUAUUAUAACUUUUAUAUUUAAAAAGAUAAUGUUAAAUGUACAAUAUUUAACAUGCUAGUACAAGGAUUAUAUUACUUUAAAUACAUUAAAAUUAUUCAUUAAGGAAAAACCUGUAUAUAAAAUACAGACUUCAUGAAUUUCUUUUUCUGGUCAAUAAAUUGUAAAAUAGGUCAAAUAGGGGAGCAACACUUUUACACUUGACCGUGUAUAAUUACAGUUGUGUUAUAUUUGGCCAAAUGAUCAUGUGUAAAUAAAUCUGCAAUGCAUGGAUGCCAAUGAAGAUAUACGCUUAUGUUAUAAGACUUUGAAUUCAAGGAUGUUUGUCUUAAUGGGUCUAAGCUUAUACAGGCAUAUAGUUUUCCACACUGAUUCUUAAAGAAAUCAUUUGUGGGGAAAACAAUAUGCCUGAAAGAGCUUACUUAAGAAAGAGCGUAGUGGCAAGUCGUUUUCUUCAGUGUUCCAGACACUAAGCGGAGAUUUGAGACAUCAUUUGCAAAGAGAGUGUAUCUCAGUGUGGGGCGGAAAAGGCUUUAAAUGUGCUUGGCCUUUCGACUGUGAUAAUGAGUGAGGCAGACUAGGGGAGGCAGCCAUUUGUUUACAAAAGAAGCUUACUUUAAAAGUAAAAGGAGGAAAAGUCUGUGCUCAAAAUGGCAGCUGGAGGUGGACUUUUUACACCAAACACAUCAACCCAGUUGAAAUCCAGUGCUGUAGUCAUGAUGUUUAUACUUCAAAGAAGCAUUUGUGUUUUAAAAUAUGCCUGUACAUUCUUUUAAUUGGCUUGUUUUGGCUAAGAGAAGUAUAUCAUUUAUUGCUUUAUUAUUGGCAUCAGCAUAGGUAAUACCUUUAGAAAUAACCAUCCUUCCACUUAAAUGUAACAUGAAAUAAAGUAUAAUAACUAAAUGUAAUGGUAAGAAAAAGGAGCAAAAAAAAAAAUACAAAUACAAAUACAAUGAAAAGUGCAGAUUAUAAUUCUUAAAAGUGAGAUUUGCAAUAUUGCUAUGUUUUGGAUCGCAAAUGUUUCUUCAAUUUAGAUUUCUGUUUACAAUUUGGUUAUGUGCUAUUUCUUCCCUGAUAAAACGGCAAAUGACAAAAAAGCGCAUACAGUUUUAAUGAAGUGGGUGGGGUCGGUUCAUUACAAUUGCAAUUCACUUUUCAGGCAGCAGAGGGCUCUAAAUACCCAAACUGCUCUGUCAGUGUGGAAUAAACAACACAUCUUGACAUUUUAAUCAUUUUUACUGAAAUCCACAAGGUAUUACCUGAGUGUUCCUUGUUGUAUUAUCAGUAUUGAUGUUUGUAUGUGGGGGUGUUUCGUGUGCUUAACUGUAGUAACAGUAGUGACUGUUUAUCUAUGAAUGCUGUUUGUACGGUGUGGACUUUCUUAAUGUCAUUGACACAAGCCAGUAAAUGGCUUACAAUUUUGAAGGAGUGAUCUGUCUGAUCUGGAGCUCUCUGAUUAUUGGCUUCCUCUCAUGUGGUGACCUACAUCUUGGUUUCCGUGGGAACAGGGUUUACCGCAAGCACUGCUGAAAUCCAGCAUGCACUGAUUGUCCCGAGCUGUUCAUUAGUCCCUUUAUUGUGUGUGUGUGUGUGUGUGUGUGUGUGUGUGUGUGUGUGUGUGUGUGUGUGUGUGUGUGUGAGGGAUAUGUUGCAUAUGGGAAGCUAUGUCCAUAUGAAUUCUACCUAAAUAAAUUGGCAACCUGACAAUACAGUGUUUGCAUGUAAGUAAGAACAGUACCUCCCCAGCUAACAAUUUUUGGUUCCCAUAAUGUUCUGGGAACAUUAGUUUUUGGUUACAAAAUUAAAACCUAAAAAUAACCAUUAUAGAACGUUCUGUAUAGGUUCUCUUUAGGUUGUUAAAAAAAAUAAAAUAAACUGUGCAACUUUUGGUUACAAAAGAACCUACAGAGAACGUUCCUAGAACGUUAUUAGCUUUCCAAAAAAUAACCAAACAGGAAUCAUAUGCUAACGUUAGGGGAACAUUCUGUGUUUCCUGGGUCAGGUGUGUGUGUGUUCAUGUUUUUAUAUAUUGUUAGGGACCAAAUGCCUCACCAGGAAUAGAAAAUUCUGACAGUUUUGUGGAGGGGAAAAAAAGGAAUUUUCCUUAUGGGGACAUGCCUAGUUAUUUAUUUAUUUGUUUGUUUGUUUGUUUGUUGGUUGGUUUGUUAUUUAUUUUUUUUAUUUAACAAAAACUGCAGCUUUAACAUGAAAAACUUUAAGUGCUAAAUGGUUUCCUUUUAAUUACUGAGAUUAAGGUUAGUUGCACACAUCGCAUUAAUUAGCUGUAUAAAUAAUCAUGUCAGAGAAAGAUCUUCCCAAGGAUAAUAAGACAAUAAGUGUGUGUGUGUCUGUGUGUGUGUGUGUAUGUGUUUGUGUAGGAUGGGGCUUUGAAAAGGGCUGGUUCUCUGGGUAGAAUGCGAGAGG